CAAACCAAAAAAUUCAAAAAUUUCCAGCCAUCAUCAGCUUGCUUCGGUUUCUUGUGUGAAAUUCGCGCACGGUUUGCAUAAAUAGUUCAAGGAACAUCGGUUAACCUCCAGCAAGUUUCGUUCGAAAUAGUAACCACGGAAAAAGUGUUUUGAACUAUGAGUAAAUCGAUUCACGAGCAGCAACUGGUGAAGUUGUAUUUUGUUCUCAAGGAUGGUAAACAGGUGGAGGAUGCUACGGAGGACAUGCAAAUGGCUUAUUCGAUGGCCAGAGAUCACAGCGUUGAGGAGUUGAUAAGUUGGCUAGACGAGAGCGAAUGUUUGCGUAUACGGACCGAUCAACUUACUAAAAAACACGUAUUCGUGUUUGAAAAUUUUGCCGGCGAAGCAUUCGAGCACAUCCGGGCUGCCAAUGCGGUGUUAAUCGGGCCUCGUUGUCUUAUAAGUUGUUUCUUGGAUAAUGAAGCCAUUCCUCUGGGAAAGUAUCCUGUUAUGACUACUGCCAUGCGAAAUCUAAUGGUCUGUAGCUCUGGGUUAAAACCAGAAGAGAAAACAAAAAUCAGUCAAAUGGUGUUUUACAUGGGCGGAUGCUAUUUGGACAUACUUACGGCAGCUUGUACCCAUCUGGUUGCCUCAACGGUUAAAUCCGUCAAGUACGAGAAAGCUGGAGAGAUCAAGUUGAAGAUUAUGCAUCCGGACUGGGUAAAGGAUGUUUGGGAGCAAAGCCAGAAGAAGAUAAUAAAUGCCUCUGAUGCUGUCUUCAAUCGACAUCUUCUUCCGAUUUUCUAUUCGCUCACUAUUACCUCUACCGGGUUAAGUACAGCUAAGCGAAAUCAAAUUAAACAACUGAUUGAAGACAACGGGGGGAAAUAUUUGGGAGCUUUUAAAUCGGAAAUAACAGAUAUUUUGAUACUGGAGAAAAGUAGUGUUGGAACUCCAAAGUUUCAAGGCGCCGUUCGGUGCAAGAAAGAAUGCUUAACACCUUCGUGGGUGAUUGACAGCGUGGAAAAAGGAUACGCUCUUCCUGUGACUAAUUAUGAAGUUCGAAGUUUGAAGUCGUCCACACCGACCAAAGAUGAUCUCGGAAUGACUUCUAGCAGGGAUUUCAAUCCUGAUUGUACACAACUCUCCAUGAUAUCCCAUGUAAACAGUAGAAAUUUAACCAUCAAUGAGAGUCUACUGAGCGCGACGACCACUUCGCAAACUGGAGCUCGUUUAUCAGCGAUACCCAGUAGAGGAAGUUUAGCAGGAGGUAAAGAGUCGGAAACGCCGAAAUACAAAACGCUGCUCGAGGGACUGAAUCUCAAGCAAGUCAAAGCAGCUGGAUCAUUUCUGGACGGUUGUAAUAUUUACCUAAGUGGGUUCACCAGCGAAGAAAAGGACAAACUGAACAAAAUACUCAAUACUGGAGGAGCUACUCGUUACGACGAAAUCAGUGACGGCAUAAGUCACGUUAUUGUUGGUUCUUACGUACCAGCAGAUUUUCGUGAGAUGAAUGCAAUAAACGUAAAUCCUCAUGUAAUGACAUUCGAAUGGUUGGUGAAAUCUAUGGAACAGAAAUCUCCUUCUGCGGAGGAUGAUUUCAUGUUUGAGCCUCCGAAUUCGAAAAAUGUCCCCGAUAAAGUACCGGAACCGCCAUCCCCAGCAAGUAAAAAAAACCUCGAGUCGAUGAAUAGCACUUUUAAACGACCGGAAUUGCCUCCCAAGUUCCGCCUCAACGACGAACCGAAACCUGGACCGAGUCGCCAACAACAAACGAAUCGUUCGGAAGAUGACGUGCUUCAACAAUACAUGCAAAAAAAUACGUCCAUGCAACUGCCCCCAGCUGCGGCGUCAGAUUCUAAGAAGGCCGUCACUUCAGUCACACAAGAUUCAGAACUAGAAUCUCAAUUUACGGAAUUCAUGGAGGGUAAAACUUUAUUCAUUUACGGGUUUUCAGAAGACGAUGCUAUGCAGAUUGUAAGUGAUUGCGAAAAUUAUGGAGGUAUGAUAGUAGACGAAAACUACACGGACUUAGCUGACUAUAUUCUGCUACCGACUUGUAGUUUCGGUGAAAUUGAGUUCAGCGUAAAAGGUCGAGAGACAGUCAACUGCAUUUGGUUGGAAACAUCUAUUCAGGAUGAAACUUGUCAUCCCUUACAAUACUAUUUCGAGCCUAUUCUGUACGGAGAAAAUGACCCGAAGCCGCUGGAUGGAGAAGUUUUAGUGAUAAGCACUUACUCUGGGGCCGAACGCAAUUAUCUUAUUGCUUUGGGAGGCAUUCUGGGAGCAAACGUCGAGGAUAGAUUAGUACGCAAAGCAGCUCCGAUUGUGAUCUGCAAGGAACCUAGUGGAGCGAAAUAUGACGCUGCCAUCAAAUGGGAUCUAACAGUAGUAAAUGCCGAUUGGCUGCGUGAAUGUCUGAAACAAAAGCGUCGUGUUAACGAAGAACUGUUCUUAGUGGGUAAAUCUAUUUGCUCACCUAAAAAUGUCACCGAAGUUUCAGAAGUGAGCAACCGUUUGUCUGAUUUGCCAGAAUUUCCUAGAAAUGCUUGUUUACCGACCACCUCUACAGACGACGUAGACAUCGAUUCAGUAAUGAUGGGUCCACCUGUAGGUGGUGAACCUUCAUCUAUUACUGCCUCGAAACGUUCGUCCGUCGAUCUGCCUAAGGAGAACAAGCCGGAUAACUAUAAAUAUAUCUCCGUGGAAAAAACAAAAGACGCUUCCGAAGUAGAGUACGAAUUCAAACGCCUGUCUUCUCCAGAGCUUCGAAAAAUCUCAUACGAAGAACGUCAGGUUUAUUCACAGGAACUCCAUCAGUACGAAGACCUUAUCCAAUCGCAAAGAGAUCAACGAAAGCCUUUUGAUCCGGGUCAUGCAGUGGAUUCACCAUUUGUUUUGAAACACCGUCGUCUAUCAACUCUUUCGGGAGUAAAUUCACCUGUGACUCCAAAUUCCACGACCGGUGCAUCGGAGUAUGAACAACUUAGUGUUACUCAACGGGUUAUGGAAUUUGAAACUCCUAUUCGAGAUACACUGUACAAAGUGCUUAAGGAAGCCGAAGAAGCGGAGAAAAAGAUUACGCCGAGGACGCGAAGAAUGAAUGAAUUACUGGCCACACCAAGCACAGGACAAGAUGGUCACGUCAAAACACCCACUCUUCCCGAUUGUAUGACCAAACCCGUGACACCAUAUGGAUUCCGACCGGAUGCCAGCCCCGAGAAUCAUCUUUACCAUAAAAGAAAAUUGCAAUUCUGGGAUCAGUUCUAUCGUCCAAAACAAAACACGGAUCGAAGAAAAAGUACUCCUCUUAGUGAGAUCAAACGCCGAUUUUGGCGUGAGAACCUGGGAGAUGAAUACGUAGACUACGUAGAGUCCAAAUUUGCUUCAACCCAAUUUCAACCUUAUGACGAACCUGUCGAGGGAGAUCAAAAGAAUCAAUCGAAAGAACAGGAAGACCUUUGUCAACCGAGCACUUCACGAGCAGGAACUUCUAGGGGAAGAGAUGUGUCCAAAGAACUGGCACCAGAUGCCGAUGAGAGCGGAAAUGAUAGCAGGAAAUCUACCGGAAGCAAUGUUAGCGAGAAACGGCCUCGUGAAGACGAUGAUGACGACGAGGAUUGUGCUUUUGAUGGAGAUGCUGUUCCAGAACCAGCACCGAAACGAUUGAACAUAGCGGAAAUGGAUAAUUUGAAACGAUUGAGCGAUUUAAUUAACACAAACAAAAACUCCGCCAAAAAGACGAGAAAGUUUCGCGAUGAAAGCAAAGAAACACAAUAUUCAGAACUGCCUCGUUUCGAUUCAGAGAUGGUGGGCGAAGAUGCUCCAGGCGUAGGCUGGCGGGAUCCAACCGAGUUUGAUUGUGAAAGACGCCAGGGCGAUGGAACUGAAGGUGCACCGGCAGUAGGUCGCAAAAAGGAUCAAAUGAGCUAUCGAGGAACUCCGGUGUUCGCUUUGUCCGGUGUGAACGAAGACUUACGUAUGGAGCUGUCGAAAAAAAUUCAAGAACUGGGCGGAGAGCUUUCCACAAAGCCCAAUGAAUACGAUCCGAUAUGUACUCAUAUACUUUGUGGAAAGCCAAACCGUGGUGAGAAAAUACUAUCAGGAAUCGCUGCCGGCAAGUGGUUACUUUGUACAAAGUACAUCGAUGAUAGCUGCAGCAAUGGAUACUUUUUGAAUGAAGAGGAUUACGAAUGGGGUAACCCUAAGGCACAAGACUUACCCGCUUUAGAAGGUUCGGAGAAGCUAGUGUCGAAGGCAGCUUACAAUUGGCGUAUAAAAAUUGCCCGAGAAACCUGCAAACAUGAUGGAGUGUUCACCGGGUUCCGUGUACUGCUGUUGGCUCCUAAAAAAGAACAAUUUAUUCGUUUAUUAAAAUCGGGCGGUGGUUUCGUGAUUGACGUUGAGCCUCCCUUCGUAGAUUCGGAACAUGCCAUGACGGCAACCCAUUGUUUUGUCGAUGUCAAAAAAGUCAAAAUAAGCUCUAGAGAUCACAAAGCAUUAGCCGAGGCGGGAAUCGCGGUCAUGUCAAUCAUGUACCUCAAUGCCUACCUUACGUCAGAGACUUUGCCGGAUCCGGGAAAAUACCGGCUUGCAGUUUAGUGAGCGGAUCAUCGUUGUUAUCGAGGGUAUGAUUUAAAUGUUAUUUUUAAGUUAGAGGUAUUGUUUCUGAGAAAAAAAUUGUACAUAUUUCUUAGUUAACAA